AUGACUCAAUCACAGCCACCUCCGCUGUCCUCGACGAAUACUGAAGUUGAGGCGGCCGGACCGGAUCCCGAACACGCAUGCACUGGAGCGGACGAGAAUCCACAGCACCUACACCAUGCUGAGACAGCUGAAACUGAGCUGGAGCGGCCGUCUCGUGUGGAUGAGCGACGAGCGGCUACCCAAACGGCUCUUCCACGGAGAUAUCGCAGGGCGUUCCUGUCGACAAGGAGGCCAAAUCCGUCGCUACAAAGGCACUCUGAAGACUCCCCUGAGUCGUCUGCAUAUCAACUCGACCAACUGGGAGACCUCUCACAAGACCGACCGACCUGGAAGGAAACAUUGAAGACUGGUGCAGCGAUUUACGAAGUCAGCCGAAUCACCGCCGCCAAAGUCAAACUCUAG